UGACUCGCUGAUCCUGACUGGAUUCAACUGAUCCGGUCCUGGUUCUGAGCAUCAGAUCCGGUUGCUCGUCUUCAGUUUCUGACUCUUUGGGCUUCUCUCAGCUGUCUCCGGGGACACGCCCCCAAAGUGGAGGCGCGCGAGCCACCUGUGAAACAACCCCCCCCACGUCCCUGGACCACGCGUAGCGGGGCAGCAGAAGCCCCGCCUACAGAAGCGCGCGUCUUCGAGUACUGAGCAGUUUCACCCCGAACCGUGCGGGAGUCCGGAGCUCAGGGUGCGGGGGGGAACACGCGGACAACCGGUCUUGGAGUUCGGGGGGGCAGCGGCGCCCCUCGUCGGUGCGGAAAGAGUAACCGUCGUGCGCUUUUACGCACCAGCUCCGCGCGUAAAGCCGCCGGUGGAUGAACCCGGAACCCGGUUCUGCCGCUCCAUCCGUCUCCAGAUCGUCCUCUACCCGCCCGCAUCCCCGAACCCCCCAGACGAACCCCCCACCCCCACACACACACCGGGCGUCCCGGACCAGAAUGCCUGCAGGAGUCGCAGCGUGGAUGCCCUUCGCGCGCGCUGCGGCCAUCGGCUGGAUGCCGGUUGCCCGCGCGCCCCUGCCGCUGCCGCCGAACACAAGCACGCGCGGGCGCGACGGGCUGAUCCUGCUGAACGUGAGCGGCACGAGGUUCCAGACGUGGCGGGACACGCUGGAGCGGUACCCGGACACCCUGCUGGGGAGCUCGGAGCGGGACUUCUUCUUCCACGAGGAACGCCGCGAGUUCUUCUUCGACCGGGACCCGGAGAUCUUCCGCCACAUCCUGAACUUCUACCGCACCGGCCAGCUGCACUUCCCGCGCCAGGAGUGCAUCUGCGCCUACGAGGAGGAGCUGGCCUUCUUUGGGAUCGUGCCGGAGAUCAUCGGGGACUGCUGCUCCGAGGACUACAAGGACCGGCGGCGGGAGAACCAGGAGCGGAUCCAGGACGACCAGGACACCGAGCAGACCACCGAGCUGGUCUCCGCGGAGUGCAGCUUCCGCGAGAGCGCGUGGCGGGCCUUCGAGAACCCGCACACGUCCACGCUGGCGCUGGUCUUCUACUACGUCACCGGCUUCUUCAUCGCCGUGUCGGUGCUGGCCAACGUGGCGGAGACUGUCCCGUGCGGCUCCGCGCCGAACCGGGUCCAGCGGGUGUCGUGCGGGGAGCGGUACGCGCUGGCCUUCUUUUGCCUGGACACGGCGUGCGUGAUGAUCUUCACGGUGGAGUACCUGCUGCGCCUGCUGGCCGCGCCGAGCCGCUUCCGGUUCGUCCGGAGCAUCAUGAGCGUCAUCGACGUGGUGGCCAUCAUGCCGUACUACAUCGGCCUCGUCAUGACGGACAACGAGGACGUCAGCGGCGCCUUCGUCACGCUGCGCGUCUUCAGGGUCUUCCGCAUCUUCAAGUUCUCGCGGCACUCGGCGGGCCUGCGCAUCCUGGGCAACACCCUGAAGAGCUGCGCGUCCGAGCUGGGCUUCCUGCUCUUCUCCCUCACCAUGGCCAUCAUCAUCUUCGCCACCGUCAUGUUCUACGCCGAGAAAGGCUCCAGCGGCAGCAACUUCACCAGCAUCCCCGCCGCCUUCUGGUACACCAUUGUCACCAUGACAACGCUGGGGUAUGGAGACAUGGUUCCAAAGACCAUCAUGGGGAAGAUCUUUGGCUCCAUUUGCUCUCUGAGUGGCGUGCUGGUCAUUGCUCUGCCAGUGCCCGUCAUCGUGUCCAACUUCAGUCGGAUCUACCACCAGAGCCAGAGGGCGGAGAAGAGACGAGCACAGAAGGCAUCCAAAGAAGCGGGUCGAGCUCUGGUGACAAAGACCAACCGUAGCUUUGAGGUGCAGCACCGUCACCUGCUGACCUGUCUGGAGACUGCUACGGACCACAGAUUAACCAACGAGAAAAUGCAGGAGAUGAGCUGCAGAGACAGAACCCUCCUGAGGCAGCUGUCCCACUCUUCCUCUAUCUCCUCGUCUUCAUCGCCUGGUGGCCUUUCCUGCUGCACCCGGAUGAAGAGAAAACGCUUCACCGUUCCAAACUCCAACAUGUGUGUUGGCCUGCAGGCCAGGAUCCAGGAACUCAGCAGCAUCCAGCUCCGGGAGAGGCCCAGCAGUCGAUCCGGUCUAAACGCCAAAUUGAACGAGACGCUGUCCCUGAACUGUGAGCAGUCGUACCUUUCUGCUGCGGUCAUGAGCAGAACCGCGCCCAGAACCACACCUGGAAGCCCAUCUGAGGGCAACGACCUGGCCAGUUUCUCUGACCCCUCUCAGACCAACACCAUCCAGGGGUCUGCCCUCUAGAUGGACCGGUGCACCUUCACUACGUCCAGAACUCACGAAAUGUAAUCUGAACCGAGGAUCAGGUUCUGAUCUGGUUAUCAACCACCACUGAUGCUUCCUCUGAAGAGGAGAACCUGCCAUGAUGCAAGAGCACAGAGCAGACCCAAUCCAUGUGAUCAGAAAGGGGCGGGGCCUCAGACAAAGCAGCUGGACACCAGUCCUCCAGGACUGCAGCUCCCGUCUCAGAUGCGUGAUGUGUUUCAAUGCAUGAACCUUCCUACCAGAACCGUCUGAAAUGAAACCAGCAGAAUACACGUAGCGGUGCAUGCCUACCUGCAUGAUGAUGAGAUUAAAUGUACUAAACAAAUACUAUAAAUGCACUAACUUAUACUAUCAUUAGGUUUAAACAACAUGAAACAUUUCUUUGUAACUACAAGAAAGACAGAGAUUCGGUUUUUACUAGCAAGGAGAACGGACAGAGAGUACAUCUGCUGGAGUUCUGACACAAUCAGCAAACACGUUCCACCAUUAGAUCUCUGCUGUGAUAAGUGCUGGAAAGACAGCUCUCGUCACAGAAUUACUAUUAGUACUGGGCAUCUGGGCCGGGUGGACGCCUCCCUGGACAGGUGUUCUGGGCAUGUCCCACUGGGAGGAGACCCAAGACACUCUGGAGAGACUAGGUCUCUCCAGAGUGUCUUGGGUGUCCUCCGGGUCCCCCAGAGGAGCUGGAGGAAGGGACCGGAGAGAGGGAAGUCUGGGUAUCUUUGCUUAGACUGCUGCCCCCACAACCCGGUCUUUAUGCAAUAAGUACUGAAUCAUUUACUGUAGAUAUGACAUACAUGUACUAUACAACAGGCUUCUCUGACCCUGGGCCUCCUGGUUUAGCAGCUGAUUGACUGAACACACCUGAUCCAGGUGAGCAGUAAAAAAUUAAAGCAGUUUUAAUUGCAAAACCAGCAGAGCUUCUAGACCGCACUCCAGUCUCCAGUGACUGUGAACCAGGUCUGUGGCAGGGGUGCCCAAACUUUUUUGCUCUAAGGGCCAAAAUCUAAAUGGGAUCCUGGUCCGCGGGCCAAAUACAACAUUUUUCCUGUCAUGAAAUAAAAGGAGAAAAUAAAGAAUAUUAUUUAACGUAUUUAUUUUGAGUCUGUAUUCAUUAAGGUAACACAAAUCAGUAUUAAUAAAAAGUACGUAAUAUUUUUCUUUGAAACUUAUAAGUAUAUUACAACCGUAGAGUUUUGAAAAGAGAAGUAAUGAGAAACGGGUAAGAGGUUUAACUCUUCAACGCCUAGACCUCGAAAUGUCUGCCUGGACUUUUUUGGUAAUUUUGACUAUGAAAAGGUCUAAAAAUGUCCUACAAUUGUGUGCUUUUGGUCCUUUUCCGAGAAGAACCUGAAUUUUCAAUAUCUAUCAUCAUUUUACAAUGUUUUCUAUUUCACAAUAGUCUUGGACCAAUUAAAAAAAAUAAAAAUUGGAAGAUGCGUUUUAGAAUUUUUAGAGAGAAAAACAGUGCAAAUGUACAUGAAAAACAGGUUUUGUUUGUUGAAAGUUUAAAUGUGUCCAGUAUCAAACUGUUUUUGUCAGGAAUUUUGUCAGGCCCUGACAGUUCCCUUUGCUGCCCUCUCCUGUUUCUUUUUGGUUCUUCCCAUUGGUUCU